AUGGUUUUCCACAAGUUGGUGAAGAACAGCGCGUACUACAGCCGCUACCAGACCAAGUACAAGCGCAGACGCCAAGGCAAGACCGAUUACUACGCCCGCAAGCGCCUCAUCACCCAGGCCAAGAACAAGUACAAUGCGCCCAAGUACCGCCUCGUCGUCCGCUUCACCAACCGGGACAUCAUCUGCCAGAUCGUGACCUCUGAGAUCUCUGGCGACAAGGUCUUCGUCUCUGCCUACGCUCACGAGCUCAAGGCCUACGGCAUCGAGCACGGUCUUACCAACUGGGCCGCUGCUUACGCUACCGGUCUCCUUAUCGCCCGCCGUGCCCUGAAGAAGCUCGGUCUCGAUGAGGACUUCGCUGGUGUCGAGGAGGCUGACGGUGAGUUCACUCUCACCGAGGCCGCCGAGACCGAUGAUGGCGAGCGCCGUCCCUUCAAGGCCUUCCUUGAUGUUGGUCUUGCCCGCACCUCCACCGGUGCCCGUGUCUUCGGUGCCAUGAAGGGUGCCUCUGACGGUGGCAUCCUGGUCCCCCACUCCGAGAAGCGAUUCCCCGGUUUCGAUAUGGAGACCAAGGAGCUCGACGCUGAUGUCCUCCGCAACUACAUCUACGGUGGCCACGUCGCUGAGUACAUGGAGACUCUUGCCGACGAUGAUGAGGAGCGCUUCCGCAGCCAGUUCCAGAAGUACGUCGAUGACGACGUUGAGGCUGAUGGUCUUGAGGACCUCUACACCGAGGCCCACAAGGCUAUCCGUGAGGACCCCUUCAAGAAGUACGAGAGCGAGGCUCCCCAGAAGACCAAGGAGGAGUGGAAGGCCAUCUCCAAGACUUUCCGUACCGCCAAGUUGACCAAGGCCGAGAAGGAGGCCCGCGUCCAAGAGCGCAUCCAGGCCCUCCUGGCGGACGAGUAA